CGCCGGCGCGGUAGCCGCAAGCUGCCGUCGUCGCUGCGACAGGGGCGCAGCGGGCGUACGCGCCGAUCACCCGCUGAAGUGAAGAGCGUCGCAGCGAAUCGUUUAUCAACGCGGGGAGAGUAGGCAGAAAGAAGCCCUUCCCGCGCUCUGCGGUGCUUCCAUCGCUCGGCGGCUGCUGCUACUUCUACGGUCGAAGGGCGACCGGACCGAGCUUCUCUCGUCGCUGUUGGCGUGCGUCUUGUGCUCGACGCUAGCGGAAAAGCGGUGGCGGCCAGGCGGGCACACUUGACGGACAAGUUCGUCCCUGCGUGCCCUUCUCAAACAACGUGCGCUCGCGUUUUACCGUGUGGUGGCGGUGGUCGAAGCGGCGCGUCGUUUUAACGGUACCCGCCGCCGUCGCGCGUGUGUGGUGUGGUGUGAUCCGCUGGUGCUUCCGUUUGCGUGCGCGUGCGUGCAUGUGUGUGUGUCGUUAAAGAAUCACUGCUGCUGCUGCGGCGGCGAAGGCCGCGGCCGCGGCACAUUUGUGUGUGUUUUUUUGUUUACGAUCCCCUGGAUGACCGUGCUCCCACUUUCGCCGUAAGCUCCGGCGGAACGCCCCAAAGGAAGGAAAGUCGAAAGAUCGCUCGACUCGGCUACUGCGGUGCGCCGGAGACUACGACAGCUACGACGACGGACGAUCUUCUGGCCGUCGGUUACCACGGGCGUCGCCUGUGCUCGCGGGCUUUCUCCGUUUCGGGCGUGUUGACAAAACGCCAGAUACACGCGGCCGUGCUGCUGCUUGCGGCUACGCAAGUGGAUCACCUACCACGAUAGUACCUACUACGACUCGGCGUUCGUUGUUGCUACAGCUGACGGCAAAGUGAGCGCGCAGGUGUGCGAACGUGGUGGUGUUUUCUGUGUUUAUUUGAAUAGCGCCAUGCAUUACCGCCCGCAGUAUCGCGUUGUUCGGCGGCGGUGAAAGAGAGAGAGAAGAGUCCGCUUGGGAGUUCGGUGUCGGCGUGUCGGAUUGGUCCUCGUCCGUCGCGUCGGAUCGGCAUGAGCGUGUUCUUCACGAGCAUGGAGGACGUUUCGAUGGAGCCCCGAUCGCUCUCCGCGGGUUGCGAGAAGUCCGCCUCGGCGCCGACCACUCCGACCGAAACUACGAGACUGCAGGCGCACGGAGUCGCGCUUUCCUCGGCGCUCAAGCGCCGAAGCAAGGGACACCGGGUCAACUUCCCGACGGACGACUGCAUCGUCACCGGCUACGUCGAGCCGCCGAACCCAUGGAGUAACGCUGCUCCCGUCUCCAAGUCCGAGGACCUACUGGAGGUGUACCAGGUCUCCUGUCAGAAACAUGGCGUGGAGCCGCUUUCCAGGCUAGUGCAGCAACUAGAGGCAAUAGGCAUUGUGGGCGACCGGACACAGGACCUGAAUUUAAAAGGAGAGAAGCUUGAUGCAAGGCAAUGCGAAGCCAUGGAGGACAUCUUCAAAGCCAUGCAGUUCGACUCUAUCAGCUUGGAGGCAUGCCAUUUAGAUGAUGAGGGAGCUGCUACCGUGUUCGACAUGAUCGAGUACUACGAGUCAGCGCGGAAGCUCAACAUCUCGCACAACCGCAACAUCGAUUCCCGGGGCUGGCAAGCCUGCUCAAGAAUGCUCAAGAAGACUCCCUGCUUGCAGCACCUGGAUGCCAGAGGCACAGCGCUGAGUGAGCAGACCCUGCUCAUCCUCGGACGGGCGCUGAGGCUUGGCUCGCACCUCAACUCCUUGCAUCUUGAGAACUGUUCCCUGACGGGUCGUUCGCUCGUCAUUUUAGUGGCAGCACUGAAGCUGAACCCAGCACUAAAGGAGCUCUACCUUGGGGACAACGGGAUGACGUGCGCAGACGGCUUGCAGCUAGCGAACCUGCUGCGGGCCAACACACGCCUCGAGUACCUCGACUUGCGCGGGAAUGGUCUGCAAGACAUUGGUGUGUCGCAUCUCUCGGACGGGAUAGCGCAGCAGCCCGACAGCGCCGACAAGGGGCUCAAGACUCUGGUGCUCUGGAGCAACGGCAUCUCACCAGCGGGCAUGAGGCACAUCUCCCGGGCCCUGGUUGCCACAAAGUCCCUGAUUACUCUCAAUUUGGGCCACAACGCCAUCGGGGACGACGGCUUGCUUGUUCUGCGUGAGGCACUCAUGCGGAACAAGUCACUCUGCAACCUGGGCCUGCAGAACACAAAGAUCACAUGUGAAGGUGCCAUUGCCCUGGCCGAGUUCAUUGCCGACAGCCAGAUCAUCGUGAGGCUGGACCUGCGGGAAAACAACAUCGGAGUUGGCGGCCUCAUGGCGCUUGCUCAGUCGCUGAAGCUGAGCAGGAGCGUCACGCGGCUAGACCUGGACCAGGUCAAGUCCGAAAAUGACGCCAAGGACAGUGUUCAGGACCAGCGAAGGCUCCUCCUGGAAAUAGGCGAGCAAUGCCGCCGCAACAAGAGGCUCCUCCGACUGGCCUCCGUGUCCAGCGUCUGCAAUGGUAUUUCGGAUCCCAAUGCGCCUAGCCUGCCGGACCUCGCCAACUCCACAGUCCUCGCGAACGGCACCAUCAUGGCGACCGCUGCCGUGACUACUCAGGCACGGCCGCCGUUCAGCACGAGCCUCUCUGUCAACGCCGUUACGGGUGGCAACGCUGCACCGCCUUCAAGCCCGGGGACCAGCCGUUUCCGUGUCUCUCGGGUCUGCCUCGAGACGGAUGCCGAGAACGGACCGGCCGUCUCGGAGAAUCCGAACACCGUGCAGCUCCGCAGUGCCGGUGCCGAUCAUGCCGCCGCCUCGGUGAACCUGGAGCGCUCCUACAGCGCCCCGGCUUCCGUACCAUCUCGCUUCACUGUGACGCCUGUCAAUGGGUUCAAACCUGCCAUGGCGGGCACCGUUGGCAUUGCUGUUGAAAAGAAAGACGAGAGUGUGACAUCGGACACCGCAGCGGAGUCGAACGAGCACGAUGAUGCUUAUGGGCACAACCACCAGAACAAUGAAGUUGAGGACGAGGACGAGGAUGACGAUGAGGACGACUUUGUUGGGCACGCAGUGUCGAAGCCCGUCACCAUUUUGACGGCGUCUGGAGCAUGCCGUCGAGGAAGUGCAGACGACUUUGAAGAGGGAGGAGCAGACGACGAGGGAGGGCAGCAAGAUGAAGAAGAGGAAGAUGCCAAGGACUCGCUCUCAGCGCCGCCCUUGCCGAUGCCCGGAAGGACAAGUCCCACCUGGUUCGUGUACCCCUCCGUGUCUACAUCGGCACAGCCGAGAAACGGAAUAGCGGCGCCCCCUUCCUCUGGUGGCAUGGAGCGGAAGCGCAAGAUCAGCUUCCAGCUGCCGGAGGGCACGACAGGCGAGGGAGGCCGACUUCUCAAUGGUCGCGCUGACCGGCGUAUGAGCACGCCCGCCAUGCCGGUGUCGAACAGCGCCGCGCGCAAGAAGCUCACGGCACUCAAGCUGUGCAAGAGGCUGGAAAGCCUCGACUUGCGGAGCACGGUGCCCCUGUCACCAACCCGGCUUUUGGAAGGCUGGGCCUUUCCAGAGCCAUCUGUGGACUUUAAGUACCCAUCGGAAUGAAUACCUCACUCACAACCUCACGAACGGGCUGAACUGGGCUCAGCACAUCGAAGCUGAGCCUCCGUUCUGAACAGAAGCUGGACUCGCUUGCCAGAGACAAUUGCACGUGCUCUCAAACUACUAAUGUUCCUAAAUAUUCAAAGCAAGAUAUUUCAUUUUUUUUAUAAGUUAUUGCGCCUUCUCGGACAGCUUCCACACACCCUCCCUUCUUUUAUUUUUUUUCUUCUUCUUUUUUUAAUGUUUUUAUCAGCCACAUGUGAAGUGUGUACUCGUGCAGCUGCUGUUUGUUUUUUAUGUUUUCACCAAGUGUUUUCAUGUGCGUAGUUGUUUCGCUUUACUGUCACAAACGAAUACGUUGAAUUUGUGUGUACCGGUCACAUCUGUGGUGUCAACCCAUGCUUUGCAGCUGUUGAGCGAUGACUGUCGAGCAGUUACUGCAGCACACAUCCUGCUGCAAAAGUUGCAGCCCACAAUAGCAGCCCCAUUUAGGUGACAUUAACUGAAGUGACAGAGAAAGGGUUCUCGUGUUCGGAUCACAGCAGGAGUGUUUGGAACAGUGUUACUUCCAGCUGUUUUCGUACAUGGUUGUGACCUUGUGGGACAGUAUCGGUGGCGAGCACAGCCAUCUUUGUCAUUGCGAGUCAUUAUGUUAUGCUGUUGUUUCCAUCGUAACGGGGAGCUCGUACAUUGCAAUUGUUGUGGAGGGCAGCAAAUGCCUAUUUUAUAUUGGUGUUUACCAUCGAAGGGAAGUCAAGGUUAGGUGACUGAGGAAACAAGAGAAGAAACGCUGUCACAUCUCAUACAAUACAUGGCAGAACCUCUUUUUUUUCUUUGUCUAUAUUCAUGCGUGUGUCGUCCUCAUUUUAUUUGACCCAACACUUCUAGGCAUGUACGUCAUGUCGUUCAUCUGUUAUCUGCUUUUAUGUUUUCGUGUCACAAAGGCUUACCUGUGAAAUUGUCAUGCUGACACUAUAGGCAGCACGUUAAGUCAUUUCAGUGCUCCUUAUCGGAAGACUUAAGGUCAAACUUUCAUUAUCUUUGUUUCACAUAUGUAGGGAAUGCAGAAGUGCCAUUAGUUCUUUAAGCUACCACUUGAGCUGUUUCACCUAAGCUCACUUAGUUUAAAAAGGAACCUGGACUAAUAUUUUGCGGCAGCUGAAUUUUUAUCAAAGUGCUCAGGUGGCAUUUUAUGUAGGUCGAAUGUUUAGAUUUUAAAUCAUCGCAAUCACAACUUUUCAACUUGAGGUACCUCCUGAAGGACAGUUUGGCAAGAUGCUAUGGGCUGAACUUGUUAUGACAUUGAAAGGAGGACAACAUUGACCUCGUAUUUUACAUUUCAUUUAAAGGCAUAAUGUUAGUUGUGCAAGUUUUUUAAAUUUCUUGUUCGUGAAUUAUUGCUAUGACACACAAUCAAAUUUUUAUUGUUUGUUUUUCGCUCUUUUGAAUAGUUGGCGAUGUACAUUGUAGGGCUGCAAUGUGACAGACACAUUUGUAUCUUUCUAUAACACAAUUUUUGUUUUGCAUUGCUUCUCUUUCAUCACUAUACAAAUUUAAAUAAUUUAGUCAAAAUAUAAUCAGUGGCUGCCCAUCUGAGAGAAUUAUCUCAUAACUAAUGUAACGUCAUAAGUAACAUAAUUUAUGUCAUCAGUAAUGUAAUCGAAGUUCGGCCUGAAGUCGAGAAUAGUUUUGUACUGAAUGUUUCUGAAUGCUACAUUUUUGUUUUUCUUUUUGUGUCGAGUCCUCAUUAUGAAGUACUAUACUGACUGUAUAGGCACAAGUCGUGCCCCCGUUGUUAUUUAUGACCACCGACUCAUACCAGCAAUACUAAAGGAAAAUCUGGCACUGCAAUUGCUAAUCCAUCAUGGUAAAACCAUGGGUAGUACAUGGGUAUUUCUAGCUCUUGCCAUGGCUUUGCUGUUAACGCACUUUGGCUUUUCUUUUAUUAUGCUCUGAGGCUUUGUUUUUUCAAUGCUUUUUUUUAAAGCAGUUUGAUUCUUUACUAUUCACGAAUAAAUCAUUCUCUUGGGCAAUUCUGAUCACACAAAUAGUAAAUCACAACAUAUUUAAGUAUGCAUGUCACUAAAUAAAAUUUAAGCAGUUGAGCAUGCUGUGAGUACUUAUUUCUGAUGUCCUAAACAGUUCCUUCUUAUUUAUAAUGUUCCGAAAACCAUCAUACAUGAUAGAAAAUUGAAUGUAAAUGAGGUAACAAAAAAUGUUAUUUCGAGAAGCUGAUUCAGAGACAGGAGGACAAAUUUUUAUACGAUCCCACAAACAGUCACACCUUGUUAUAAGAAAGUCAUAUCCAACAAGAAAAUGCCUUCUUUAUGUCCGAUAUUCGUUAUAAGCAUAUGUUUGGUAAAUGCUGACAUUUGCAAGAAAUAUUUUAGAUUAGUUCUUUAUAUCCGAUAAUUCAUUAUAUCCGAAUUCGUUUUAUAGAGGUUUAGCUGUACUGCCCAUCAUCCUCAUGCUGGGGUGCUGGUGCUCUGGACACCAUCGAAUCCCAUCAUGUCAAUUUUGUCAUGUUGGCAUUUUGAGCUAAUCAGAGACAGUUUAGCCAGGGAGCCAGUUAGUGAGGACGAGAUGGUGAAUUUUACUGUGGGGUAGAAUACGACUGCAGCUUCUAGAAUGGCAUCCCAGCACCGCCUAGCAGCCAUAUUUGCUGUGCAGGCAAAACACUUGCCCCAGGUUUUCCUUUGGCAUUUUUUGUGUAAAAUUUUAUGUUUGUAACUGUACGAAGUUUCAAUGUUGCUGAGUGCUUGCGUCUUGGUCACAGUGAGGGGUUUUUGUCAUCGUUGCAUCAGAGCAGUGAAUUAUUGCUUUGUUUCUCUGCUUUCGUGAUUGUUGCAAGAUCAACAUUUUCGUCAUAUUAGGAGCCAUGUCAAGAGUCGUUGAAGUACCAGCUCUGAACACAUUUCAAUCCGCCCUUGACUUUAAAGCGUUCUUGGGACUGUAAGGCUCAGUUACCUCAUGUUGACACUAUUGUCAAAUGGGAUUGUGGGCUUGUGAAAUGACCCUAUGUAUGAUGCAGUAAUGUAGCUUCCAGCAGCUGUCAAACACUGCUUUGCAAUUCUACGUGACACUUGGUCAUUGCUCUUCCAGGUUUGUUUGAAGUGCAUCAUUUCAGUAGUUGAUGUCAUGCCACAAACACAUUCCGCUCGACCAGAUAUGAUGUGCUACUUCCUGCACACUUGUUGGCUAUACCGGAAAAAGCAAACACAGCAAAUGAAAACUUCGAAGAAAAUUGGACACCUAUUUUUGCAAUCAUUGUUUAACUUCUGCAGUUGCUGACUGUAUAAUUAGUUUUAGGUGUUCCCAGUAUGUUAUCUUUUAAGCUAGUCGAUAAGAGAUUCAUGUGCACGCCUAACUUUUUUAUAACAUGGUAUGCAAAGUAGAGGGCAUCUGAAAAUCGGAUGAAAUGAUGGAAACAAGGGAACUGAUGGGUAGUUCUAGGACAGGGGGUGAUUGGAGAUCUCUAGGAGAGUAUUGUGUCUCGCUGUGCACCUAUAAUUAGGCUUAUCAUGAUUAUGACACUAUUGGGUGUACUGACAGCGUCGACGAAUGGAGUGCCAAUGACAUGAAAGAGAAGAAUAAGGAAAUGGUUCUUUCAGGGCUCUAACUUACUUUAGACUAAUAAUCUAAAUACAUAUUAGCUUGUGGUGAUGAAUGUACUAACGGCUACUGUUGAAGCAUAAAGAAAUGAUAGUGACAGAAGGGAAGAAUAAUGAAAUAUUUCCUUUUGGCACUUUAUCUGAUCGAUGACUAAAUCAUCUGCCUUACUUUUCAAAGCCAUUGCAGUAAUCAACCAUGUUGAAUGAGCCCUUGAAAGUAAAGAAAGUAAAACUGCUUAAAUACAAUCUGGCUGUCAUAGCGUAAUAUAUCUUUAUCUGCUGAUAUCUAAAACUCAACGAGCCACAAAAGUGGGAUGAAGUGUACGUCCUUACCAAGAAGCAUAAUGCUGCAGGUAGUUGUUUGCAUUAACAAUACUCUGCUGCUGUGGAACUGCGACUGUUAACACAAAACGUCCUUCCAUGUUGAAGCAUUUUCACGAAUAUCCAGGAUGCAUUGCUGACACUGAGUGCGUAUAUUACCAAAGCGAUACAGAAAUUGGAACAUCUUUUUCCAAAGAGCAUUUGCACAAUGGCAAAAGUGUGGUAGUGCCUCUGAAAGUUGAUAGUGUUAAUAUUUUAGCAUAAAUACUAUAUAUCGUGACUUGCUGUGACAUUCCGAGAUUGCAUACGACAUAGAGAUGCUUGUUAUUUCUCUAGAAAAAGAAAGAGUGAUAUGUGCCAAGUAUCUUUCUGAUUCAGCUGUGCUACUGUAGACAAAUGAAAUGCACAUCUCUUCGAGCGCGAACACAAAUAAGAUGCAAGAGUUUCGAUAAUGCAAUUCUAUUUUCUCGUCCGAAUAACAGUGCAUUGCACAUCAAACUUCUGAUCAAGCAUCGUAAUCUGUCCGCUACUUGCCAUAUUCUAGCUAAAAAAUUUUCCCCUUGGCUAUGUUGUUUGUCUGCAGUAUUACAACCAAGACCGCGGUUUUGUAGCGGUGACUUUUCCCGAUGCUAAUGCCUUUUGCACUUUUCGCAUCGUUCGUGAGUGGUCGACCGAUGCUCUACCCCGAACGGAGCCUCGAACGCAGCCACUCACAAACGCGAGAAGUGACAAAAGGUGUCAGCAGCGAGAAAAGGCAUUGCGACAGAAUCGCGGCCCAAAACUUCGCAAACAGCUUCACUGCUGGCAUUUAUGUGUUUAGGUAAAAGCUCGUCUUCCCGGUAUUUUUCCAUGUUGGAAAUGUUGAAAUUUUUAUGCUUAAAGUGUUGAAUAACGCAUGUGCGAUUUUCAAACACAUUACUCGUGAUAUGCACUGCGUUAGCUACAGCGUAUGUAGUAUCGAACUUUAAUUGUCGUCUCUAUAAAAUAGUCAUGCGCCAUGUUUUCCUUUGCAGUGCUCAAGCAAGGCUUUAUUUUUGUAUGGCUCAUGCGCACUGUUUUAAGUGUGUUCUUUGUACGUGCAUGCCAGCUACGGCAUUUCAGCUGUGCUGUGAACUAUGUUCUGCUGAAUGUUGCUGACAUGAUAGAGCUAAAUGGCAAUUAAGGAAGUUGCAUAGGUGGAAGUUUGCCUCAUUUAACGCAAUUGUAGUGAUUCAAAAAUCAUUGCUAGCACCAUUUUGUGUGUGUACAGUGUUUAUUUUGUUUAUUUCCGCACUUUGUGUCAUUCAAUAUUAGCACCCAGUUGCGGCACGGUUGGACCACUGUGUCUGAUGAAGAAAGCCGGAUGUCUUGCAAAAGUUCGUGUGCUUUCCAUUAAGUACCUUUCGAAGGUCUUUUGCACUAAGCCAGUAGCAUCGGUAUGCCACGUAUAGUAUGUGCAAAUAGGCCCACUAUUGUUGAAGGACACCUGUCAAUCACAUUAUUUCAAAACUGUGCCAAGUUGGGAUGUGUGUUCUUGUACACGGGUUCAGAGCAGUCGUUGGAAUUCAAGGGAUACGCCUGGGACAGAAACAGUAGUUGAAGAAAUGCAUCCAGUUUAUGGCUGAUAAAGAAAAUUACUUUGUGCCAUUUAACACCCUGGAAAUUCCACUUGAUAAGCGUUCAAAUGUCAACUGCACAUGUCUGUCAAAUAGCUGAAGUUUGAUAUAGCUGUAUAUACACAACCUACAAUACCUUGUCUUGUUUCUUUGAAACAUUUGCAGAUGUGUGCAUAUAUAUAUAUAUAUAUAUAUAU